AUGUUCGAGCCCGACGACGUCGCCCUCAUCGCCUGCUGCUGCGCGCUCCAGGCCAGGGGGUACCUAGGCAGCAGCAGCAGCAGCAGCAGCAGCAGCAGGGGCUGGUUCUACGGCAAGCAUGUGCUGCCAGCGGAUUUCUUUAGCCGUAGCGGAGGCCUCAACGCCUACUGUCUCCUUGCUGCUGCCAAAAUGGCCGACACAGGGCCAACGCCGGUGCUGGGCUCUGCUGCUGCUGCUGCUGCUGCUGCAGGGAGAGCAGCAGCAGCAGCAGCAGCAGCAGGAGAGGGCCUUGGCGGCCGCGGGGAGGAGGCAGACCCCACGGCAAAGCUGCACUACAGAGAGCAGCAAAUGCAGCAGCAACUGCGGCAGCAGCUGCAGCAGCAAAGCCAAAUGGGCAAAGGAGAACCUGAAGCAUUAGAAAUUGCCAAAGAGUUUGUUGCAGCAAUUUCAUGUGGCAAAUACUUCGCCCCCAAUGCCCUCAGCUCGAAGGGCCGCAGACUUUUCGAAUUUGCAAAUAAUAUUCUCCAGGAG